UCUGCCCCGGGGCCGCCGGCCAACGCGACCCCCCGUGCCCCCGCGACGGCCGGCCGGGCACUGCCCACCACCACCACCACCACCACCAUCCAGCUGCCCGCCAACUUCCACAUCCCUCCAGGAACGGUUCUGAUCCGAAGUAACAAUGGUCAGCUGAUGCUAGUGACCCAACAAGCUCUGACGCGUGCCGAGACCCCGAGCCCUGUGAAUGGACGCCCGGCGGCCGCGACGGGCACGGCCCCGGUCAGGCUCUGUGCCGUGCAGAACUCUGGCUCUCAGUUAAUCAAGAAAGUGGCAGCACCCAUCAGGACGGUAUCUCCUUUGGGAAGCGCCGAGACUCCACCUGUUCAGAAACCUUCUGCCGUUCAACCCGUGGCCACCCCCAAAAGCAUCGUGUCGGUUACUCCGGUCACCCCGCUGAGUACCGUGGCUCCGUUAAAAUCUUCCGCCCCUGGAAUGCCCCCCGCCCCCUCAGCUCUGCCCUCCGCCAACGCCCUCAAAGCCGACGUUCCCGGAGCAGCCCCGACUGACUUCUCCACAGAGAUGCUGGAGAACGUGAAGAAGUGUAAGAACUUCCUAGCCAUGUUAAUCAAACUGGCCUGCAGUGGCGUCCAGUCACCGGAAAUGGGGCAGAACGUGAAGAAUCUGGUCCAGAAUCUGUUGGAAGCAAAAAUCGAGCCAGAGGAAUUCACCAAAGAACUGUAUAUUGAACUCAAGUCAUCUCCUCAACCUCACCUGGCCCCUUUCCUGAAGAAAAGUAUGAUGGCCCUCCGCCAGCUAAUGCCCAACUGUCAGGGUUUUAUUCAGGAGUGUGCCCAGCAGCCCACGCAUUUAGCCGUCUCCACAAGUGCCCAGACCGUGGUCUCGCCCACUCCUCCAGUGACCCUGGCUGUGACCCCGCGACAGUCUGAAAAGACGGCAGUCAUCUCCGGAGUCGAUCCUUGCGGACCUGCCUCCCUCCAAGCUGCAAGACCAGGGGCGGCUUCUCAAGGAACGGUUGCUGUGCCCGCCUCUCUUCAGCCCGUGAGACCAGGGGUGACCACUGUAAUGGCCCCGUCUCUUCAGCCCGGGAAGCCAGCCGUCUCUUCCGGAGCUGCGCCGUCCACGACUGGGUCGCUCCAGCCUGGGAGAGCCGCCGUGGUUUCCGGGCCGGGCGCUCCUCCGGCGACAAGGCCCCUCCAGCCCGUGAGAGCCACGGUGGUUUCUGGGACAGCCACUCCUCCCGUGACCGUGUCCCUUCAGCCCCUGAAACCUGUGGCGGCUCCUGGGACAGUCACUCCUGCCACCUUGGCCCUCCAGCCGGUUAGACACAUCGGGACGUCGGGGAUGGCAACUCCCAUGACUCUGUCCCUACAGACGCUGAGACCCGUGGUGGCUUCUGGGCCGGGUUCUUCUCCCGUGACCGUGGUGAAACCGGUGGUGGCUUCUGGGACGGCCACACCCCCAGUGACCGUGUCCCUCCCACCGGUGAAACCGGUGGUGGCUUCUGGGAUGGCCACGCCCCCAGUGACCAUCUCCCUCCCACCGGUGAAACCCAUAGUGGCUUCUGGGGCGGCCACACCCCCAGUGACCGUCUCUCUCCAGCCCGUGAAACCCUUGGUGGCUUCUGGGACGGCAUCUUCUCCCGGGACGGCCUCCGUUCCACCGGUGAAAUCCAUGGUGGCUUCGGGGACGGCCGUGCCCCCAGUGACCGUGGCUCUCCAGCCCGUAAAACCCAUGGCGGCUCCUGGGACGGUCACACCCCCAAUUACGGUGUCCCUCCAGUCCGUGAAACCCGUGGCGGCUUCUGGGAUGACCGCUUCUCCGCUGACCGUGCCCCUCCAGCCCACAAAACCGGUGGUGACUUCCGGGAUGGCUCCUCCCACAGCUGUGUCUCUCCAACCCGUGAGGCCUGUGGCGACGACUCCUCUCACGACUGUGUCACUCCAAACUGUGAGACCCAUGGUGGCCUCUGGGACAGCCGCUUCUCCAGCGACCGUGUCCCUCCAGCCAGUGAAACCCGCGGUGGCUCCCGGGACAGCAGCUGCUCCCACGACAGUGUCCUUCCAGCCCGUGAAGCUAGGUACCGCCCCUCAAGUGGCCACCACCGACCCUUCGAAGCCCGUCCUGGGGGCCCCGAUUCGCAUUAGACUUGCACAGCCCAAUUGCCUGCUUGCACAGCCAGCCGCUACUCCACAGACUGUCAAAGUGAAACAACUCGUGGUCCACCCCCCCGCAGCGGGCUCCGUGAAACCAGUGGUCACAGCACCAAAUUCCUCAGUGUUGACCGUUCAGAAGUCGGGACAAAAGAGGGUACCGCUGAACACCCUAAUCCAGGCCAAUCAGUUUCCUGCAGCUUCCAUUCUGAAGCAAAUUACCCUACCAGGAAACAAAGUCCUGUCACUUCAUGCAUCUUCUGUGCCGAAAAAUAAAAUAAAAGAGAAUGGAACAGCAUCUUUCAGCUAUGAAGAUGACAUCAAUGAUGUGACUUCCAUGGCCGGGGUCAACCUCAGUGAAGAAAACGCCUGCAUCUUAGCAACCAAUGCCAAGCUGGUCGGCACGCUGGUUCGAUCGUGCAAAGAAGAGCCUUUCCUCUUGCCGGCCGUCUUACAGAGGAGAAUUUUGGAUACGGGUAGAAGGCAUGACAUUACGGAACUUAGCUCCGAAGUGGUGAACUUGAUCUCCCUAGCGACCCAGGAGCGAUUACGAGGUCUUCUAGAAAAACUGACUGUAAUAGCCCAGCAUCGCAUGACAAGUUACAAGGAGAGUGAGAAGUACACCCUGUCUAAUGAUACCAGAUCACAGCUCCGCUUCCUCGAGAAGCUGGAUCACCUAGAGAAGCAACGGAAGGAUGAAGAAGAACGAGAAAUGCUCUUCAGAGCUGCCAAGAGCCGUUCCAAUAAAGAAGACCCAGAGCAGCUGCGAUUGAAGCAGAAGGCCAAAGAGUUUCAGCAAAUGGCUCUGGCGCAAAUGCAACAAAGAGACGCGAACAUCACAGCUCUGGCGGCGAUCGGACCCAGAAAGAAAAGACCGCUGGGCUCAAGCGUCGGACCUGGGAGCGAGUGCUCAAAUGGCACCGCGUUCGGCUCUGGGCUGUCCAGUGGGACGGUUGUCAAACAUUUGCUUCGUCCGAGAGUGACACGAGUCUGUCUCAGGGACCUGAUCUUCUGCAUGGAGCAAGAGAAGGAGACCAAGCACUCCUUAGCCUUGUACCAAGCUUUUCUGAAGUGAGCCUGGACCCCCGCCACCACCCCCAGCCCGACGCGGGCUGGCUCCUUCCAAAGACACGGCCGACCCCAGAAGCCCGGCCACCCUGCUCUGCCCUGAAGUGGCCAGGUGUGGAGAAGCUGGGCCCCUAGAAGGAUCCUUCGGCUGCGCAGCCCGGGGUGCCUAUUAGAUGGCAGGCUCAGCACCCGUUGGGUGUUCGAACCUGAGAUCGUGACAUCGAGGCUUCCUGUCGGUGAGGAAGUGGCAUGCCCCCUCGGUCUCCCUGUCUGGGGGACUUCCCUCUAGCCGAUCACCAAGCUUAAGGUUGCCGCUUGCUUCGCGAUUCCCAAACCCAGUUUGCCCAUGAUGUGUGUGGCACCUUCCUCUGGUUCAGCUUUCGACGGGAGUGCUUAGCAUAUCACAUGUCUUUAACCCCCACACCACCCGGAAUCUAUCUCCUGGUGCUGAGCCCAGCCCGGGAACUGCAUCACAGGUCCAGGGGGAGGGUCUCUCCGGGUCUGUUGAAACGGAGGCCAUCAAGGUUCCGUUUCAGAAGGGGCAAGCGGCACCAGUCCUUCCACAACUGACAAGGUCUGAGGCGUCAACCUCGGCCCCGGAAGCCGGGACGUGGGAACUGCGAAGAUACCUCAUGGUACUGGGAGAGAUGGAGCCCUAGAGCCCGGCCCGACAGAGAGAAGAGGAGGAUGGAAUAACAGCAGAGCGGGAAACUGCCCGUGGACGCCGGAGGGGAGCAUGGGGAAUCCAGAGCAGCCUGCAUGUUUUGUGCCAAGGGCAGGGUGGGUUAAAACUCAUCUGUCAGAUGAAAAAUUUUCUCUGUUCUGGAAAGGCGGCACCCAUUUGAGGAGGAAAUGGGCCAGCAGGAUGAAUAGCUUCCUCUUCGGGCUGCGCCUCGACGCUUCCCUCAGCAGCUGCCUGGAAUCGGCAUCGGAGAUGGGGCACUCUGGGGCGGUCAGAGCUACUUGAUUAUUUUUUAUUAUUAUUAUUUCUUCCCCUCCGCGGACUA